GAGAGGGAGGGAGGGAGACGACGAUCGUUCGCCGCCGGCGGAUCUUCGCGGAGGGGGGGAGCGGAUGGCGUCGCCGAGGAAGAUAACGCUGCGGAGCUCCGACGGGGAGUCGUUCGAGGUGGAGGAGCCGGUGGCGGUGGAGUCGCAGACGAUCAAGCACAUGAUCGAGGACGACUGCGCCGACAACGCGAUCCCGCUGCCCAACGUGACCAGCAAGAUCCUGGCCAAGGUCAUCGAGUACUGCAAGAAGCACGUCGAGUCGGCCAAGGCCGAGGAUCGCGUCAACGACGACGAUCUCAAGGCCUGGGACGCCGAGUUCGUCAAGGUCGACCAGGGCACCCUGUUUGACCUCAUCCUGGCUGCAAACUACCUGAACAUCAAGAGCUUGUUGGACCUGACAUGCCAGACGGUGGCCGACAUGAUCAAAGGCAAGACCCCUGAGGAGAUUCGCAAGACCUUCAGCAUCAAGAACGACUUCACACCAGAGGAGGAGGAAGAGGUGCGGCGGGAGAACCAGUGGGCGUUUGAAUGAUAUGUCUUUUAAGUCUCCACUUGAACAACCUAUGGAGAUGAUUUGUGUUUAUUUUGCUGCGUCAGUUUUUUAGUUGUCGAAACAUCCGGUAUGACUUUUGCUU